GGGAGGAGCGCGGCGGCGACGGCGGCGGCUGUGGAAGACGAGAAGGGGGUGGUGGAGCUCCUUUCCUCUUAGACCCGGGAGCGUCCGGGACGCAGAGCCCGGAACUGGGGGGGAUACGGCGACUGUGGGGGCCCGACGUAGCAGGUUACUAUACAUAAUUUACCUGUGGUUAAUGAAGCAGGAGAAGACAGAUCACCAAAAAUAGGCAUCUUGCUUUGACUCAGGCACUGAACUCUGUAUGUUCUAUAUGUAUUACCUUAUAAGAUCUUCAAGCAACCCUUAAAAGAAUCUCCCUGGAAAAAGAGACAUGAAUGUCUGCAAUGAUAUUUCUUGAUAAGAAGUUGAUAGAAGAGAAGGAAAGGAGAUCACCAGCUAGAGAGCAGAAUUUCCAAACCAGGACUUUAUAUUUAUUACCUCCAACUACAGACUUUUCUUGCCUGCUUUUAAAUCAGAGGUAACUACAGUCAGAACCCAGACAAGGCAAAAGAGUACUUUUCUUCCAUAUCUUUUGAGAUCAAAGGAACCGCAAUGUCUAGGAAACAAAACCAGAAAGAUUCAUCAGGAUUCAUUUUUGAUUUGCAGUCCAAUACUGUACUGGCCCAGGGAGGAGCUUUUGAGAACAUGAAAGAGAAGAUAAAUGCAGUGCGUGCAAUAGUUCCCAAUAAGAGCAACAAUGAAAUCAUCCUGGUUUUGCAGCAUUUUGAUAAUUGUGUCGACAAAACAGUACAAGCAUUUAUGGAAGGUAGUGCCAGUGAAGUACUCAAAGAAUGGACAGUAACAGGCAAGAAAAAGAACAAGAAGAAGAAAAGCAAACCAAAACCUGCAGCAGAAGCAAGUAACAGUAUUCCAGAUUCUAGUAAAUCAGUUUCUAUUCAAGAGGAGCAAUCUGCGCCUUCUUCAGAGAAAGGUGGUAUUAAUGGUUACCAUGUCAACGGUGCCAUCAAUGAUACUGAGUCUGUGGAUUCACUCAGUGAAGGUAUGGAGACACUUUCAAUAGAUGCCAGAGAAUUGGAGGAUCCUGAGUCUACCACACCGGAUAUGCUGGACAGAACAGGAUCCAUGCUGGAAAAUGAUUUUGAGUCUAAGUCUUUGACUGUGCACUCUACUCAGAAAUCUCAACAAAAUAGGAAUGCUACCAAAUCUCUUUCAAGACCACAGUUUUCCAAUCUGGGCACGGAAGAUGUUCCACUCUCCUCCACCAACAAAAAGCUAGGUUCCAAUAUUGAAAAAUCUGUGAAGGACCUCCAGCGCUGCACAGUCUCUCUUGCACGAUAUCGAGUUGUAGUUAAAGAAGAGAUGGAUGCUUCCAUUAAGAAAAUGAAACAAGCUUUUGCUGAAUUGCAGAGCUGUUUAAUGGAUCGAGAAGUGGCAUUGCUUGCUGAAAUGGACAAAGUGAAAGCCGAAGCAAUGGAAAUUUUGCUCAGCCGACAAAAGAAAGCCGAACUUUUAAAGAAGAUGACUGAUGUGGCUGUUCGAAUGUCAGAAGAGCAAUUGGUUGAGCUCAGAGCUGAUAUCAAGCAUUUUGUUAGUGAACGUAAAUAUGAUGAGGAUCUGGGACGAGUAGCCCGGUUCACCUGUGACGUAGAGACCCUAAAGAAGAACAUUGAUUCAUUUGGACAAGUGUCUCAUCCAAAGAACAGCUAUUCAACCCGGUCCCGAUGUAGUUCAGUUACAUCUAUGUCCUUGAGUAGUCUUUGUGAUGCCUCUGCUGCUUCGUCUUCCACCUGUGCCUCCGCUCCCAGCCUUACAAAUGCUAACAAGAAAAACUCGGCACCAGGAGAGACUCCUGCAGCCAUAGCAAACUCCAGUGGCCGGCCCUACCAGCCUCAUCGAGAGGUAUUGCCGGGGAACAGACGAGGAGGACAAGGCUACAGGCCACAGGGCCAAAAGUCCAGUGACCCCACGAACCAAGGGCGACAUGACAGUAUGGGUCGUUACAGAAAUAGCUCAUGGUAUUCAUCUGGUUCCAGGUAUCAGAGUGUGCCACCACAAGUACCAGGAAACACUAGUGAAUGGGGCCAGGCUCACUCUGCAGGGACCAAUGGAACUGGCGCCAGCAUGGAGCCCAGCCCACCCAAGCCCUCAUUCAAGAAGGGGCUUCCCCAGCGCAAACCCAGGACCUCUCAUUCUGAAGCUGUGAACUCUUGAGGGAAAUUCCAGUUGGCCUCUCUCCUCAAUCCCAUACAAUUCAACUUGGUAUCUGGACUUUAGAAAACCUAUAGUUAGAUUUAAUAACAAAAAUAAGUUUACAUGUGUCACUUUUUAUGCCAUUCUAAAUGUUUUUGGUUUCUUCUCUCCUCAUUUCCUCUUUACCAUUUUUGGAGGCAAACCUGUUUUUCCCUCAGCCUUUCCCAAUGAUAUGGAUUGAUUCUGAUUGGUCGUUUCCACCAGGAAUCAUAGGCAGCUGUAACCAGGUUUCCCAAGGGUAAGCAAUGUUCUUCCCGUGGCACCAGGCCUUUCAGUUUCCAAAGAGGCCUUCCUCUGCAGCCUCCUACUGUUCAGCUUCUCAGGAGGAGACAGAUCAGAGCUAGUCCUGUUGCCUUUCCAGUCUGAGCAGAAGCCACAUAUUCCUGGCAGUUUCCUUCUAAACAACAGUGUAACCAAAAGCAAUGAGAGGAUUGAGUGCUAUACUGAAUUAGCCAGAGACAGAGAAAUUUAAUUGGUGAAAAAGAACACUAUGAAAUAUUUGAGAAUCUGCCUCUCCUCCCAGAACAUGCCUAAGACUGACACUCAGAUCAGGGUUCCAGCCUCCUGCUUGGCACCAUAACUUAACCUGCAGUUUCUUCAGUGCCCAAAGCCUUGUUUCCUGUUACUUUAGACUACAAACCAGUCUAGGGAAAUCUAUGGGAAAGUAGCAUUUAAUUAAAGUUUAAAAAAGGGAAAAAGUUUCUUUGUUUCAGUGUUUGAAGAUUUUUGUUGUUAUUCUCCCUCUUUCCUGAAUCUUAUUCUGAUCUUGAACCAAAUUUAUAGUAAUAUAAUUAGUGUUAAUCUAAGAUGUAUCCAUCAAAAAAUCGCCACAGUCAGUCUUUAUAGUUGAAUAAAUAAAAACAACUGCAUAAAUGUUCCCACA